UCCUCCAGCUUUUGCUGCGGAUCCGGCUCCGGCAGCUGCGGGGUCCUGGGGAGUCCCGGGCCCCCCAGCUGCGCCCAAGCGGGCGCGGCCCCCCGGCCCCAUGCCCACCGCCGCCCCCCAGAAACUGCAGGGACGUGGCUUUUGAUGCAUCAUAGAGUGGCUGUGGCCAGCGAGGGGCUGCCUGGCCCUGCAAAGCCUGUCUAGGAGACGGUCCCCAGGAUAACACCACAGUCCUGCUGCAGAGCCGGCGGAGCCAUGCCCAAGGAUGAGGAUGUCAAAAAAGCAACAUCAGAGGCAACACCAGACCAGCGCUGGAAACUACAGGUCUUUUACCUCUGCUUCUACGGCUUCAUGACACAGAUCCGGCCAGGGGAAAGCUUCAUCACCCCCUAUCUCCUGGGGCCUGAGAAGAAGUUCACGCAGGCAGAGGUGACCAACGUGAUCACACCAGUGCUGACCUACUCCUACAUGGCUGUGCUGGUGCCCAUCUUCCUUCUGACGGACUACCUGCGCUACAAACCAGUGCUGGUGCUGCAGAGCCUGAGCCAUAUCUCCAUCUGGUUGCUGCUGGUGUUUGGCACCUCCAUCCUGGCCAUGCAGCUGAUGGAGUUCUUCUACGGUGUCACCAUGGCCGCCCGCAUUGCCUACUCCUCCUACAUCUUCUCCCUUGUCACCCCAUCCCGCUACCAGCGCAUGGCCAGCUACUCCCGCUCUGCUGUCCUCCUGGGAGUCUUCACCAGCUCGGUUCUGGGCCAGCUCUGUGUCACCUUGGGCAGUGUCCCCUUCCUCACCCUCAACUACGUCUCGUUGGGCUUUGUCACCUUUGGCCUCCUCCUCACCCUCUUCCUCGAGCGGCCUCGGCGCAGCCUCUUCUUUAACCGGUCUGAGGGAGCUGGCGGUGAGGCUGUGCCCACCGAGCUGGACAAGAUGGCUGGAGGGGACAGUGGUGGGGGGCCACGGGGCUGGCAGGACGCAGUGCUGUGCCGUAUGCUGCGGGAGGUGGGAGCGUUGGCCCGGCAACCCCAGCUCCGGCUCUGGUCCUUGUGGUGGGUCUUCAACUCAGCUGGUUACUACCUGAUGCUCUACUACGUGCAGAUCCUCUGGAACGAGAUCUACCCCACUACAGACAACCGCCGGGUGUACAACGGAGGGGUGGAUGCUGCCUCCACGCUGCUGGGGGCUGUCGCCUCCUUUGCUGCUGGCUACGUGAAGAUUCGCUGGACCCUGUGGUCAGAGCUGGUGAUUGGGAUGGUGACAGCUUUCCAGGCAGGGCUGCUUCUGCUUAUGAAUACCACAAGCAACAUCUGGGUGUGCUAUGCUGCCUACGUCCUCUUCCGUGGUUCCUACCAGUUCCUGGUGCCCAUCGCCAUUUUCCAGAUUGCUACCUCCCUCUCCAAAGAGCUCUGUGCUCUUAUAUUUGGGGUCAACACCUUCUUCUCCACUGUGCUGAAGACCAUCAUCACCAUCAUUGUGGCUGACAAGAGGGGCUUGGGUUUGUCCAUACAUCCUCAGUUUUACAUCUAUUUUGGCUACUUCACGCUGCUGGCAGUGGUCUACCUGCUGGCAGCUGUUGGCGUGGGCAUUCGGCACAGCCGGAUCCGCAAGCAGCCAGCAGAGCUGGCCCUGGCUAAGGAGCCGUGCCAGCUCCCUGCCGAGGGGCCAGUGCAGGAGAAGAGCCCAGAGGCAGGCACCGGGCGAACCUGAGUGCCACCACUGCCACCACCCUGACCGAGUCUCAGCUCCAUAAGUGUCACCAUCACCGUGCUCUUGAUCUCCUAUCUCACCAGCAGUCCUCAGCACCAGCCUGUUGAGGACACACCCCUUGGGAACCGCUUUGUGCUCCAUGGGGUCAAGGGCUGUGCCCCCUCCCCUUCCCCAGCAGAGCAGGGGCAGGAUGCCCACGGCUGCCACCGCUGGGUACCAUGCAGGGACAAAGAUGGGGUCCGGGUGCUCUCCCAGCCACUGACUCCGUCAUCACUGCAUGAAACCAGGCUACAAGAGGAUAACGUUUCUUUAUUCAGUGCCUUUAGAAAAAAAUGGUUUAUAGGACACAAUCAACAAAAAAAAAAUAAAGAUCCACAGGCUUUAAAUUGCAUUAAUUACACAAAAUACAGUAGACUGUAAGAAAUAAGAGACCGUGUGACUCGCACAGCUUUUAUGGUAAUAAUUUCCAUACAAUAAUAAAAAGCUCGUAACAAA